GUUGUGUUCUAGACCAUUAGAGGACGUGAUGUUGUUUGGCCUGAGGCUUCUUUCUAUCAGCUGUUGUCAGAACCCGUGAUUCUACUCUGUGCAGCUAAGUUGUGUUGUGAUCAAAGUAAAACAUCUUGAAAUGUCUCAAGAAAGAAAAGAAGACGAUGAAUCACAAGCUCAGGAACUUCCCGUCAAAUUCAACUUCAUACCUGAAACGAUAACAAGUCCGUUCAUCGACAUCUUUCCCGGCCAGAACGAAGGAAUGGUAAGAGGCGAACCUGGGGGAUUCGUCUUCAGUCGAGAGUACGGUCGUCGUGCCAAUGAAAUUUACCAAUUCAAGCCGAGAAAAGAUGACGCCUGGGUCUGCACUUUCUCAAAAUCAGGAACUACGUGGACCCAGGAACUGGUUUGGCUGAUUGUCAACGGGUGUGACACAGAGAAGGCAAAACAGAUCCCAUUACAGAUGAGGUCACCCUAUCUCGAGGGGGACUAUCUGAUAUCGCCGGACAAAAUGCCACAGGAAAUUCGCGAAUGCUGGGCGCUGGAAUCGUUGGACAAGAGGCCGUCACCUCGAGUUAUCAAGAGCCACCUUCCGUUCAACCUUCUCCCACCUCAAUUACUGGACACUUCUAAAGUCGUAUACGUGGCACGGAAUCCAAAAGAUGUCAUCGUUUCAAAUUACCACCAUUUCAAGCUGUUCAAGUUUCACGACUUCAAAGGAACCUUGGAAGAUUUUGCCAAUUAUUCCAUGGAUGGCCAAAUUUAUUAUUCACCGUACUUUCCUCAUGUGUUUGAUGCCUGGAGUAAGAGACACCAUCCCAACGUGCUGUUUCUCUUUUACGAAGAAAUGAAGCAGGAUUUGCGUGCAGUGGUGGAACGUGUGGCAGCCCAUUUAAACCAAACUGUAACCGAAGAGCAAAUGGUUCGAGUACUGGAAUACCUGAGCUUCAAAAACUUGGCAAGCACCGAAGCCGCUGGGAAAGAAAAAGUCAAGGAGAUGGGCAUCAUAAAUGAAGAUGCCGGUACCUUUUUUCGUAAAGGAAAGACUGGUGAUUGGAAAAAUCAUUUCAGCCCAGAACUCAACGAGCGCAUCGACAAUUGGAUACAAGAUAAUCUGGCCGGCUCUGAUCUCAAAUUCGUCAUGGAAUUGGAUAAACAAGAUUGAUGACUUCCUAACCCUUUUUAAAUUGUAUUAUAUUUCAGGAUUUUAAAAAAUAAUGGCACCCAAAGGAAAUAGAUAGAACAUUUGGUUGAAA